AUGGGAGGUCCUGGUGGUCGAGGUGGUCCCGGUGGUCUUAGUGGUCCAGGAAGUCUCGGUGGUUCAGGAUGUCUUGGUGGUCCAGGUGGCAUUGGAGGUCCUGCUGGUCUUGGUGGUCCAGGUUGCCCAGGUGGGAAUGGAGGUCCUGGGGGUCUUGGUUGUCCAGGGGGUCUUGGUCCAGGUGGCAUGGGAGGUCCUGGUGGCCUUGGUGGUUCAGGAAACCUUGGUGGACCCGGUGGUAAUGGUGGUCUUGGUCUUGGUGGUCCAGGGGGCAUUAGAGGUCCUGGUGGUCUUGGUGGUCCAGGAAACCUUGGUGAACCAGGUGGUAAAGGUCUUGGUAUUGGUGGUCCAGGGGGUCUUGGUGGUCCAAGUUGCAUUGGAGGUCCUGGUGGUCGUGGUGGACCAUGUCCAGGAGGCAUGGGAGGUCCUGGUGGUCGUGGUGGUCCCGGGGGUCUUGGUGGUCCAGGAAGUCUUGGUGGUUCAGGAGGCUUUGGUGGUCUAGGUGGCAUUGGAGGUCCUGCUGGUCUUGGUGGUACAGGUGGAAAUGGAGGUCCUGGGGGUCUUGGUAGUCCAGGUGGCAUGGGAGGUCCUGGUGGUCUUUGUGGUCCAGGAAACCUUGGUGGCCCCGGUGGUAAUGGAGGCCUUGGUCUUGCUGGUCCAGGUGGCACUGGAGGUCCUGGUGGUCUUGGCGGACCUUGUCCUGGAGACAUGGGAGGACCUGGUGGUCGUGGUGGUCCAGGAGGCAUAGGAGCUGAAACCUUGGUGGACCUGGUAAUAAUGGAGGUCUUGGCCUUGGUGGUCCAGGGGGUCUUGGUGGUCCAGGUGGCAUUGGAGGUCCUGGUGGUCUUGGUAGUUCAGGGGGACCGGGUACCAUGGGUGGUCUUGGUGGUCCAGGUCCAGGAGCCACGGGAGGUCCUGGUGGUCGUGGUGGUCCAGGGGGUCUUGGUGGUCCAGGUGGCAUUGGUGGUCCUGGCGGUCUGGGGGGCCUUGCUGGUCCAGUAG